AUGAUAGAAUCAACGGUUAAUGUAGAAAAUGAUAAUCCAGUUAUAGAAGAAACGGUUAAAUUCAGGAAGAAAAAUAGUAUAGUUUCCAGUAUUUUCAAUGAAAAUCAAUUUUUUAUUGCAGGAUUAGGAUUAAUGGGCUUAGGUACAGGAUUAGCACUUUUUCGUCAUGGAAUUAUUCAAUCAAUGCAUCUAGCUAAACGUUAUUUUACAGUAUCUCUUGAAAUUCCAUCUAAAGAUAAAAGUUAUUUAUGGGUUCUUCAUUGGAUAUCUUCACAAAAAUCAAUGAAACGUAUGCAUCAAUUUUCAGUUGAAACAAUGUAUAAACAGCACGACAAUGGAAGUUCAAGUACUACAUUUAGCCUUAUUCCUGGCCAUGGGAAACAUUUUUUUAAAUAUAAAAAUUCAUGGAUUCAAUUUUAUCGAGAAAGAGACGGAAAAAUGGUUGAUCUGUCAACAGGAUCUCCUUGGGAGACAAUAACUUUAACAACACUGUUUCAAGAUCGAAAAAUAUUUAACGAAUUACUUCAUGAUGCACGAAAUCUUUCCAUGAAAAUGCACCAGGGAAAGACAGUUAUUUAUACAAGUUGGGGCUCGGAAUGGCGUCCCUUUGGACAACCAAGACGACGAAGAAUCCUAGAAAGUGUCAUACUUGACAAAGAUGUUAAAGAACAAAUAAUCAAUGAUAUUAAAGAUUUCUUAAAUAGUGGAGAUUGGUAUUCACAGCGAGGUAUACCUUAUAGAAGAGGCUAUCUAUUUUAUGGACCACCUGGUACAGGAAAAACAUCGUUCAUACAAUCUAUUGCAGGAGAACUUGAAUACAACAUAUGUUUAUUAAAUCUUUCGGAGAAAGGGUUAACAGAUGAUCGUCUUAAUUUCUUAUUAAGCAGCGUUCCUACAAGAAGUAUAAUAUUAUUAGAAGAUGUAGACUCAGCCUUUUCCAAACGUGAACAAACAGAAGAACACAAUUUUAGGAAUAAUAUGACAUUUUCAGGUUUUUUAAAUGCACUUGAUGGUGUUGCUUCUGCCGAAGAUCGAAUUAUUUUCAUGACAACAAAUCAUCUAGACCAAUUGGAUUCUGCAUUAAUUCGUCCCGGACGUGUUGAUGUUUUAAAAUAUUUCGGGUUUGCAACGGAUUAUCAAAUCCAAACAAUGUUUUUAAGAUUCUAUGAAAACAAGAAUAAAGAGGCAAAUAUUUUUCUGGAAAAAAUAAAAGCGACAGGUGUACCAGUUAGUACUGCUGCAUUACAAGGACUAUUUAUUUAUAGUAAAGGGGAUCCGCAACGCGCGAUAGAAAUGAUUCAUAUAUUAAAUGAAAUAAGCUAA